ACUCGAGUGGCCAUUUGUAUUAGUGUCCGUGUAUCCCGGUUCCGCUCGUUUCUCCUCAACUAGACUGUUUUUAUCACUGAAUAAUAAAGGAUUUCAGCGGCAAACGAGUCUUGACCAGUCACCGAAUUCAUCGUGGAGAAGAAAACGACGGAUAAAUCUCGUCAGUUGGGAGUUUUUUGUGCUGUCCAUCAUGAAUCCUGAAUAUGACUACCUGUUUAAACUUCUGCUGAUUGGAGACUCGGGUGUUGGAAAGUCCUGCCUUCUGCUACGUUUCGCAGAUGACACGUACACAGAGAGCUACAUCAGCACAAUUGGAGUGGACUUCAAAAUCAGAACUAUAGAACUAGACAGAAAGACCAUCAAAUUACAGAUCUGGGACACAGCCGGCCAGGAGCGAUUCCGCACCAUCACGUCCAGCUAUUACAGAGGAGCCCACGGGAUCAUAGUUGUUUAUGAUGUCACAGAUCAGGAGUCCUUUAAUAACAUCAAACAGUGGCUACAGGAGAUCAGUCGUUAUGCUAGUGAAAAUGUCAAUAAACUCCUGGUGGGGAACAAGUGUGAUCUGACCACGAAGAAACUUGUGGCAUACACGACAGCAAAGGAGUUUGCAGACCCUUUAGGCAUCCCGUUCCUAGAGACAAGUGCAAAAAGCUCCACUAACGUGGAACAGGUCUUCAUGACCAUGGCGGCUGAGAUCAAGAAGCGAAUGGGUCCCGGAGCCACUGCAGGAGGGCAGGAGAAAUCGAAUGUCAAAAUUCAGAGCACGCCGGUCAAAACUUCCUCCGGAGGGUGCUGCUGAGGCCCCAAUGCCUUAAAACAAACCAAUAACACCAUCCAGACAACAGUAACAGUCACCUACCAUACACCACAGCUGAAUUAGGAGAGGAGAGGUUGUUAGUGUGUGUAUGUGCAAAUAAAGACUGAGAAUAUGAAUGAAUGGUAUUGAGAGGUAAGAAGGGAUCAAAAGAAAUAUUGCUUGAUUUUGUAUGCAUGCAUGACCAAACAAACAUGUGUCCAACAUUUUUGAUAGUAAAUUUAGUGACAGGGCUGCAAUAUACAGGGUUAAAUCUCAAAUCCUGUAAAAUCCAUUUAGACAAACGUCCAAAAGCACUUCGGAUGACAAAGUGUCAUUUUCGAGGUUUUUAGAAGACCGCAACAAGAUCUUGCUUUGAACUUGUUCAUUGGAACUUUGAAUGAAGCAGUGGACUGUGAUGUCAUAGUUGACUUCUGAAACAUUGGUUCCUGGUGACCUCUCAUUCAACUGCUGCCUUUACUCUGGCUUGGGUGGAACGUUAGCCGAUUUGCGCAUUUCGUUUUUUCUCCAUUCUGUCUGUUUCUUUCUUUUAUUUGUGCUCAACAGCAUUUCAAUAUGUUGGUCCACCGAAUGGGGUCACAACACUUCAAAUGAGCGUUACUAGUCAGUGUACUAGUUGAUCGCCAUAAUACUAACAGCAAUAUUUUGUGUGUUAGUUUAUUUUUGUUUAAUAAUCUGAAAAAAAUAUACCAAAACUUGACCAGCAGGCCACAUAUAGUUACAUACAUUGUAAAUCUAACCAUUCUUAAUAUCACAAAUUGGUUAACUAUAUCACUGGUUUUGAUGCUUUCUCAUACAACAUUGUGUAAACUGGAUUCAGAAGCAGCGUUACUUUCAAAAUGAAUCUUUAGCAAACAUUUGUUUACAGACACUCAGCACAACAACAGUUACUGUAACAGCAAUGCUGAAACUAUAUCAAAUGUAUGUAUUAUAAGUGUAUCUAUAUAGAUGUAAUCACUGCAAUGCCCAAUCCCAUUGAGUAACAAAUGACAGAAAAAUGGGAAGUGACAUCACAAUGAAUAGUUAAAGAAACAUUCCGUCUUUCACAUCUUUUUCUUCUGUAGUUUUCUUUUGUGUCACACAAAGUUUAAAUAAACUAUGAAGGAAAGGUUUAAUAAAAGUGGUUUUAACUGGAACAUUUUACAAUAUUUAAAAGUCAUGUUUCUUGAGUUCUGUAUUGCUCUUUAUUUCCACUAUGUGGCGAUGAUAUCCUAAAGCUGAGUUUGUGCUGAGCAGGGUUUGAAUGAAUGGAGAUGCUCAAAUUAAGAUCUUUUAUCACUGUUGCCUGUUUCACGGAUUUCCACUUUGUCACCAGCCAUGUGAGCAGCCACUUAUCUUAUUAGAGUUUAAUCUAACUGGAACUACACGUUGUAUACUGCUUACUUCUUUGGGCAACUUUUACUCUAUAUUUUAAAGCUCUUAUUAAUGUGAUUUAAUAGCCUGGUUUGUUCAUUUAUGGCUGAAAAACACCUUCGGCUUAGAGCAUAACAAAUUCAUCAGAUUUGUUGUCUUUAGUAUAAGGUCUCUUGUUGACAUGGCACAACUUGGGUAUAUUGGUUAAAUUACCUGCUAUUCAAUGGGAGUCAGACAGUUUACCUUUAGUUUCACCUGUAAAGAUUUAUGAGGUUAAUAUAUUUUCUUUGUGUUUUUAUUCCUUUGUAGGAUCCACAAAUCCUACAGGCCACCCCAUGAGAUGAAAAAUAUGUUUACAAUAAUUUUCUGCAGGAAUUAUCUCUUUCUGUUUCUUAGAGUUUGCCAGUGUCUGAAUUAAAAGUUAGAAGACAGAAUUUGUACACAUUUUUCAUGAAAGAGUUUAUGAACAGCAUCCACGUUCUGCACAAACUUUAACCAUUUCUUUUUUUUAUCUAAAAAGUAUGAUUACAUUUACUACAUUAGUGGAUAACUCCAGACUCCUCCCCAACCACAGAAGAUAUAAAGUGAAACUUCUUGAUAGAUGCUGAACUUCAGAAGUGCCAACACACCUUGUGCUGCUAAACCAAAAUCUGUGCAAUUUUUAAAAUUGUGACACCCAUUAAUAUAUAUGAGAAAAUGAGUGCAAACAGACAGUUAGAGCAUCAUGAACAUGAUGAAAAUGAUGAUGGAAAACAUGCACAUUUCAAUGUUUCAAGCGACAUAAAUAAGAAUUUACUGAAGAAAGAAACAUGGAAAUACAAAACGGAAACUACAAGAAAACCGCAAGUGCAACCUGCAUCAGCUAAUCUUGAUCUACUGGACACCAUUAAUAUGAUUGACACAAUUGACAGACCAGAAGACACGCUGGUAGAAGGCAUCUAUGUUGGAACUGGGACAUAUGCAGACUGUCCUGAAAACAAAUCAGGAAAGAGAAUUCCCAAGGCUGGAGCUUUUGCAGAAGCUGGAGUGGGUCGUGCUCGAGCUGAACUCAGUGUGUUAGAGGCAGAAGCCAAGGGUCCCAAUGCAUCGGCUGGUGCUGAAGCAAAUAUUUUGGGGGCUGCAGCGAUGGUUCGGGCCGAAAUUGGCAGCGUGUCAGCUAAAGCCGGCCCAGUUGGCAUCAAAUUGGGUCUUGGUGUUGACACAGGUGUAUCUGUUAGUCCUCUUGGGUUUGAGGCAAAAUUCCUGGGAACUGGAAUCUCAGUUGGAACAAAAACCAGUGUUUCUCUUUUGGGUUCGGAAGUUGCAUGUUCAGUCAUGUAGUUUUACAGACUCUCUAGGCAUCCCAUUCCUGGUGAGGAGUGUGAAGAGCUCUGCUAACAUGGAACAGACUGUUAUGACCAUUGAUGCUCAGAUCAGAAAGAGAGUGCAGAGAAAUUAUUUUGUGUUCUCUUUGAUCUUGAGUAAAAACUGAUUAUUUUUUUUUUACCAAAACUUGGACUUGACAUAAAAGCUGGCAACAUAAUUGUUUAAAUAUUAAAUCUAGCAGUUUGCAGUAUUAGCGGUUGCUUAAUAUUUCUUUUAAUUGGUUUUAAUGCUUUCUUUGAUACUGUGUUGUGUAUAUCCCAUGUAUUGAACUCAGCGGCAUUCAGUGAACUCAUUCAGUGCACAAUAAAAUAUAUUCAUAAAGUGA